CCAGCUUGGGCUGCGUCCCACCCCUCCCCGUUGUCAUGGGGACGCCCUCUCGCUCUGAGGCCCGCCUUCCUGGUGGUGCCGGCUCUUGGUUCCUCCCCUCACGUAAUUCUACUUCCGCUCGGGGAAAGAUCGCUUCCGGUGCCUCUGUGGCGCUGCGCCGCACUAUGGCCGCGAAGCGGCCCCUGCGGGUUUUGUGCCUGGCGGGCUUUCGGCAGAGCGAGCUGGGCUUCCGCGAGAAGACUGGAGCGCUGAGAAAGGCGCUGCGGGGCCGCGCCGAGCUCGUGUGCCUCAGUGGCCCGCACCCCGUUCCCCACGCGGCGGGCCCCGAGGGUGCCGGCCCAGACUCCGGGCCCUGCCCUUCAGAGGAGCAGCCUCGAGGCUGGUGGUUUUCAGAGCAGGACGCAGACGUUUUCUCCGCACUGGAAGAGCCCACAAUGUGCAGGGGUCUGGAGGAGGCCCUGGGAACGGUGGCACAGGCACUGAACAAGCUGGGGCCUUUUGACGGGCUCCUUGGUUUCAGCCAGGGUGCUGCACUCGCAGCCCUUGUGUGUGCUCUGGGCCAGGCGGGAGAUCCCCGCUUCCCCUUGCUGAGAUUUAUCAUCCUGGUAUCUGGUUUCUGUCCUCGGGGCCUUGGCCUCAAAGAACCCAUCCUGCAGGGCCCCUUGUCACUACCUUCACUCCAUGUUUUUGGAGACACUGACCAAGUCAUCCCCUCUCAAGAGAGUGUGCAACUGGCGAGCCGAUUCCUUGGAGCCAUCACCCUCACCCACUCUGGUGGCCACUUCAUUCCAGCGGCUGCACCCCAGCGCCAGGCCUACCUCAAGUUCUUGGACCAGUUUGCAGAGUGAAAGAUCAACAAAUGCCUCUACCCGUCCAUCUCCCCUCGGGGCAGCCUCUGUAAUCUAUGCCUUCUCCUGUGACCUCCACUGCU